AUGUCGUCACCGAGCCAUCGUCGUGACCGGCGCUCACAAUCAGGCACACCUCGUCCCUCAGGUCAGGAUGGCACACCGCAGAGUGGACAGCCAGGAGGGCCAUCGGCUUCGAGCCCCUUGUUUUUCCAAUCCUCGCCGGCGCCACAGAACGAUAAUGAUAUCAACAUGGUGUCCUCGCCGCUGCGACAAAUGAGUAACAGCCAAGACACACAAAGCCAGAACAUCAUGGCAGCAGCACCAAGCUCGCCUCUGGGGCAGAUGACUGCCUCUCAGGAGACGCAGGAUGGGCAGAGGACACCGAGAGCUAGAGGCCCAAUUCGAGAAUCGUCGCCUCUUCACUUCACGUCGAGCCCAGGACGUUCCGUCAGAGAUAUGCACUCAGACCUACGCAGCGAGACGAGCGGCCUUUUUGUUGGCUCGCAACACGGGACACCCAGGUAUAGCCGCGGUGACAUUGGCACAGACUACAACUCGACCCCUCGCCAGCCUGCACUGCGACGUGUGCUGCUCGACGGUGAUGGCAGGCCAUUGCGCGAAGGGGAGCUGCCCACAUCAGAUGCGCACACCUUCUCCAACCGCGAUUACAACACAUCGGAAGCGGAUAUCAUGGGUGGCACCGGUGACGGGCUGGUUUGGGGUACCACAAUCUCUCUGACAGACAGCAUCCGCACCAUGGAAGACUUCAUCCGCAACUUCAGUCUCAAGUACCGCCUCUAUCGCGAGGGCCUCACCGAUGAGGAGGUGGCUGAUACGCCCUACUCUGAUACCAAAAUCUACCAAGAAGCUGUCGAGAACAUGGUCACCUUGGGUCAAGACCGUCUCUAUCUCAACCUACAGGACCUCAACCUAUACCCGCCCACGAAGAAGCUGUACCAUCAAGCUCAGGUCUACCCAGUCGAGAUCAUCCCCAUCCUUGACCAGGCCGUGAAGAAUGCGGCAGUGGAGUUCGCAGCGCUGGAGGACAGCAGGAAUACGCAAUCUCAGAGCAGUGUGGGACACAUUUCGGGCAACACUCGUGAAAGCUCAGAGCCAGCUUUCCCUAGUUCAGAUCACCCAGAGGGUCCCGAGACGCCGCGCGCACCACAGACAGUGGAACCCCAGGAGACCCUCAGGGAUCAGGUCAACAGGAUGUACUUUUACGUGCGUCCUUAUGGCAUGGAGUCAUCGACCAAUCUGCGCGAUCUGAACCCAUCUGACGUCGACAAGUUGGUGUGCAUCAAGGGCAUGGUUAUCCGAGCCACGCCCGUCAUCCCUGAUAUGAAAGACGCCUUCUUCCGCUGCAACGUCUGCAAUCAUUCAGUCAACGUCGGCCUGGAUCGCGGACGAAUCCGUGAGCCUACGGUGUGCCCUCGAGUCUCUUGCGCUUCCAAGAACUCGAUGCAAAUCAUCCAUAAUCGAUGCGCGUUCGCAGACAAGCAAGUCAUUAAGUUGCAGGAAACGCCAGACGCCGUCCCGCCUGGUCAGACACCUCACUCCGUAUCUGUCGUUGCUUACAACGAGCUGGUGGACUUUUGCAAAGCUGGUGAUCGUAUUGUGGUGACCGGUAUCUUCCGUGUCAACCCCAUCCGCGUCAACCCACGCCAGAGAGCGCUCAAGAGUGUUCACAAGACAUUUGUUGACAUGGUGCACUGCAAAAAGGUGGACAGCAAGCGCAUGGACGCCGACCCAACAACGUUGGACGUUGAUGAAGCGGAAGACAACAGCCAAGAGGAAGGCCUACAACAGGCCCGCAAAGUCACUCCUGAAGAGGAGGCCGAGAUCAAGGCUACUGCCGCUAGGCCCGACAUCUAUGACCUCCUGUCUCGUUCAUUGGCACCAUCAAUCUACGAAAUGGACGACGUGAAGAAGGGCAUCUUGCUUCAGUUGUUUGGUGGCGCCAACAAGACCUUCGAGAAGGGUGCCAGCCCCAAGUACAGAGGCGACAUCAACGUUCUCCUUUGUGGCGAUCCUUCGACGUCCAAGUCUCAGAUGCUGUCCUAUGUUCAUAAGAUUGCGCCUCGCGGUGUUUACACCAGUGGAAAGGGUUCUUCCGCUGUUGGUCUGACCGCAUAUGUCACUCGUGACCCAGAAACCCGACAGCUGGUCCUCGAAUCUGGUGCGCUCGUCCUGUCUGACGGCGGUGUCUGCUGCAUUGAUGAGUUUGACAAAAUGUCCGACUCCACGCGGUCAGUGCUCCACGAAGUCAUGGAGCAGCAGACCGUCUCCGUAGCCAAGGCAGGUAUCAUCACCACCCUCAAUGCCCGCACAAGUAUUCUUGCCUCGGCCAACCCGAUCGGCAGUCGAUACAACCCCGACAUGUCGGUACCUCAGAAUAUCGACCUCCCACCCACCCUCCUCUCGCGUUUCGAUCUGAUCUACCUCAUUCUCGACCGUGUUGAUGAGAAAGCGGACAAGCGCCUGGCCAAGCAUUUGCUCUCGCUCUACCUCGAAGACAAGCCCGAUUCGGCCCCAUCAAACAACGACAUCCUCUCUGUGGACUUUUUGACACUGUACAUUUCCUACGCGCGCUCCAACAUUCAACCCAAGAUCUCCAAGGAGGCAGCCGAGGAGCUUGUGGAGAGCUACCUCGAGAUGCGCGCCCUUGGUCAAGAUGUCCGUGCCGCGGAUAAGCGUAUCACUGCCACAACACGUCAACUGGAGAGCAUGAUUCGACUGUCUGAAGCUCACGCCAAAAUGCGCCUGUCCGACACCGUGACCAAGGACGACGUCCGAGAGGCGUACCGUCUCAUCCAAAGCGCGCUCAAGACAGCAGCAACCGAUUCCCAGGGACGCAUCGACAUGAGCCUCCUGACAGAAGGCACAAGUGCUGCGGACAGGAGGCGCCAGGGCGAGAUCAAGGACGCCUUGCUGAAGCUCCUCGACGACAUGACCUCGGGCGGCAACUCUGUUCGCUGGGGCGAUGUGGCUAGGAGGUUGACCGAGGGAGCAAGCUUGCCCAUUGAGACUCCGGAGUUCAACGAGGCGAUGCGUGCGCUGGAAGCAGAGAAUGCUAUCAUGGUUACGGGUGAAGGCGCGAGGAGGAGCGUGAGGCGAGUGACGGCUGUUGUAUAG